UGAUGAUGAUUGACAGACAAAAUACGUUUCGCUAUCCAUCCUGCUUUGAUGCUUUCUCUUGGGGUGUUGCUUAAAUUACCAUUUCGAAAAAUCGAAACGUUUCUGGUACACAGAAACGGAGUGGAGAACGUUUCCAUGCUAAAACUUCAUAAUAGUAGUAAAAUAAUCUAGGCUGACAAUUCAAAUUAUAGAUCGACAUUGUCAAUUGCUAGCCUAAAAAAUUGAUCUUUAUUAUUUUUAUUAUUUUUUUUCUUUAAUGUAUAAUAAGUAGUUAAUCCAUAUCAAUUUUCUGAAUUCAGAAUUACAUACUUCUGAGCUAAAGAUGGAUGAUAAAAUUGAAAAUUUAAAUACACCCUUAAGUAUGAAUCCUCUAUUUAAAAUUCAUUUUAUAAAUUAUUAAUUUCCUUUUUUUUCAGGUUUCUAUAAUCUCUUAUUCUCAUAUUUACAUGUUUCAGACAUUGACUUUAUGCAGUUCAGAAAGAUCAAGAAAAUGCAGAAAGUCAAAGCCUUGAUCAUCAAGUCAGAUCAACAGCACCGGACCUGCAGGAGGAUUCUCCGGUGAAACAGGUUGCGAUGACGGUCCCUACGACAGACGACCCUGACCUACCAGUCCUGACAUUCAGGACAUGGGUGCUUGGGAUAAUCUCCUGUGUGGUGCUGUCAUUUCUGAACCAGUUUUUCUGGUACAGGACAGAACCUCUCAGCAUCACUGGCAUUGCUGCUCAGAUUGCGGUUGUCCCACUCGGGCAUUGGAUGGCUUCUAAGCUCCCCAACCGCGUCUUCCUGCAGGGGACGCGGUUGGAGUUUACCCUGAACCCGGGACCUUUUAAUGUGAAGGAACAUGUACUUAUUACCAUCUUAGCUAAUGCAGGGGCAGGAAAUGUUUAUGCAAUUCAUGUUGUUACCGCGGUUAAGGUCUUUUACAAGAAGCACAUUACUUUCUUUGUGUCCUUGCUUGUUGUUCUUACUAGUCAGGUUUUGGGGUUUGGAUGGGCUGGUGUUUUUCGACGUUACCUUGUGGAGCCGGCUCAAAUGUGGUGGCCGGCUAAUCUUGUACAAGUUUCCCUCUUCAGGGCAUUGCACGAGAAAGAAGAACGGCCCAAAGGCGGUCUUACUCGUACUCAAUUCUUCCUUAUCGCCUUCAUUUGCAGCUUUGCAUAUUACAUCUUCCCUGGCUACCUAUUCCAAAUGCUAACUUCCCUUUCUUGGGUAUGUUGGCUCUGGCCAAAAUCCAUACUAGCCCAACAGCUUGGUUCGGGGUUACACGGGCUUGGAAUAGGUGCAUUGGGUUUGGACUGGUCCACCAUAUCAUCUUAUCUCGGAAGCCCCCUAGCAAGCCCAUGGUUUGCCACAGCUAAUGUGGCUGUUGGAUAUGUACUUCUCAUGUAUGUGCUUGUCCCAAUUACCUACUGGUUGAAUGUUUACAAGGCUAAGACCUUUCCCAUAUUUUCGAACCAUCUCUUCACAUCAUCAGGCUCCAUUUACAAUGUCUCAGCUAUCGUGGACUCCAAUUUCCAUUUCAAUCAGGAGGCUUAUGGGAAACAAGGUCCUCUUUACCUUAGCACCUUCUUUGCCAUGACUUAUGGGGUUGGGUUCGCCGCUCUAAGUGCCACCAUUGUGCAUGUAGCACUCUUUCACGGCAGGGAAAUAUGGGAGCAAAGCAGGGCAAGUUUUAAGGAAAAGAAAAUGGACAUAUAUUUAAAGCUUAUGAGAAGGUACAAGGAAGUUCCCGAUUGGUGGUUUUGGACCAUCUUAGUGGUAAACAUCGCGGCAGCUAUCUUUGCCUGUGAGUAUUACAAAGAACAACUUCAGCUACCAUGGUGGGGUGUUUUGCUAGCUUGUGCUAUUGCCUUCAUUUUCACACUUCCAAUUGGAGUUAUAACCGCUAUUGCAAAUCAAUCACCACAUUUGAAUAUCAUCACUGAGUACAUAAUUGGAUACAUCUACCCUGGAUAUCCUGUUGCAAAUAUGUGUUUCAAGGUGUAUGGAAACAUUAGUAUGAAGCAAGCUGUUACCUUCUUGCAAGAUUUCAAACUUGGACAUUACAUGAAAAUUCCACCUAGAACAAUGUUUAUAGCACAGGUAGUAGGAACAAUGGUCUCGAGUUUAGUGUACCUUUGCACAGCCUGGUGGCUAAUGGAAACCAUUCCAGAUAUAUGUGAUAGAAAUACCUCAUCAAACAGCGUGUGGACUUGUCCCGGCGACACAGUGUUCUAUGAUGCUUCAGUCAUAUGGGGGUUAGUCGGACCAAGAAAGAUAUUCGGAGAUGAAGGCAUAUAUGGAGCUAUAAAUUGGUUUUUCCUAGGAGGAGCAAUAGCUCCAAUCAUAGUAUGGUUGGCAACAAAGGCAUUUCCUAACCAAGAAUGGAUUAGGCUUAUCAACAUGCCUAUCUUAAUCGGCGCCACGGCUUCCAUGCCACCAGCAACUGCAGUGAAUUACAGUACAUGGAUACUUGUAGGAUUCCUGUCAGGAUAUGUAGCAUUCAGGUAUGCUCCUGAAUGGUGGAAGCGCCACAAUUAUUUGCUUUCGGGCGCGCUUGAUGCCGGCUUAGCCUUCAUGGGUGUAGCAUUGUAUCUUUGCUUAGGGUCUGAAGAUCAUAGUCUUAAUUGGUGGGGAAAUGACCUUGAUGGAUGUCCUUAUGCUUCUUGUCCUACACAAAAAGGAGUUGUUGUUUUAGGUUGUCCUGUUGUAAGCUAAGAUAUUAUAUACACAUUUUUUUUUUGCUAAACAAUUGUACACCAUAAUUUCGUUAAGUAAAAUACAUUUAAUGUCA